AUGAAAGGCCUCCCCAAAAACUUGAAUCCGUCAGCAAGGGUUUUCUUCCCCCUGAAACCCUAUAACAUUAUCCACAAACCUUUCGACGUACUCCCUACGGCGAACCCAAGAGAUAGGCUCAUCAUCCUUGACAGACAGGUCCUACAGCCAGAUCGAGCAGAAACUUGUCAAUUCGGUACCGACGAUGAAGUUGCGCGCCACAGGUCUCCUUACGAUCCUACGGAGACAACAGUAGACAAGGAGGUUUUGGCCUUACGGGAGGAGUACCGACGAGAGGGAAAUCUGCAUGAUCCAUUGCUUGUCAGCCCCGCGAACCAGGAAGUCAGUCAUAUACUGCAGCCAAAGGAAGAACAUACCGUUCAUGACAUUCAUCCGUUCGGAAGUGCAAGGGGUUGGAGCAAUAAACGCAAAGACGCCCUUCUUCGAAAAGAGCCGUAUGUUUUCAGAGCAUAUGAAGUUGUUUUUCCUGGAUACCGGCAAGAGAAGAAGGUGAGCCCAAUCUGA